GUUUGUGGAGAGCAUGACACGAACGCUUGUUAACCGUUGUCAACAUUACCUUUUUUCUGUGUUUUCUUUGUGACUGCGCUUUUCGGGUUUGAAACAAACGUUUAAUUUAUGGUUUAGCGGGCCACACGAUUGGUGACGUUGCUGUCAUGUUUAUUAUGAAUCCUUUUUGGGCGUCUGUGUUACUUUUGUGAGACAGAGAAAGCAAACUAGCUAGCUAGCAGGAAGUAGCUAGUUUUGACUGCUCAGUUCAUCCCACAUUUACGGGCGCCUUUCGGCUUUCGUAGCAAAACAAGCACUGAAUACUGACUGACCAGUGAGUUUUAAUUAUAAUUUACUUUGUCUGAGUUAGUGUCAGGAUGCUAGCCGCUCCAGUUUCACGGCAGUUUCUUGGCAGAGAGUGAUGUUUAGACUGCCUGGUCUUUUCAGAGCAGUACGCAGGAGCUUCUGCAGCGCUGCCGACGACAUGGCGAAGGGCAAGUUUUACUACGCAGUAAAGAAAGGAUUCAAACCUGGAGUCUACAAGUCAUGGGAUGAAUGUAAGAGUCAGGUGGAGAAAUUCCCAUCUGCCUCUUUCAAGAAGUUUGCAUCAGAGAAAGAUGCCUGGGCGUUUUUCAGAGGAGUCGAACCUUCUGCGACUCCAGAGGUGAAGAAAGCAGCUCAGAGCGUGGAGUCGGCCGUCACUCUUCUGCCUAAAAGAGGUCCGGAGGCUCUGGAGUACAUCCCUCUGGGUAAAAAGAGAUGUCAUUCAGAAGAGGAGGUGGUGUCCCCCCCCAAACGAGUCAAACAGUCAGAAAGCUCAUCUUCAGAAAGCACAGAUGGAUUCACAUACAUGGGCGAGGCCGUGGUCGUUUACACUGACGGCUGCUGCACGGCCAAUGGGAGGAGCGGAGCCCGAGCCGGCAUCGGAGUUUACUGGGGCCACAACCACCCACAAAAUGUUGCAGAGCGGCUGGAGGGAAGACAAACCAACCAGCGGGCAGAGCUGCAGGCAGCCUGCAAAGCGCUGGAACAAGCCAAAGAGUUGAACAUCAAGAAGCUGGUUCUCUACACCGACAGCAAAUUCACGAUCAACGGUGUGACCAGCUGGGUGAAGAACUGGAAGCUGAACGGCUGGAGGCUGAAAUCUGGAGGUCAGAUCAUCAACAAAGAAGACUUUGUGAAGCUGGACAGACUGAACUCAGAGCUGGAGGUGGUCUGGAUGCACAUUCCCGGUCACGCCGGCUACAGAGGCAACGAGGAGGCUGACAGACUGUCGAGAGAAGGAGCGGCGCUGCCUUUACAGCAGCAGGAUGAUGAAAGAGACGAUUACCAUUAAAGAGCUCCACUGCAGGACUGAUCACGUGAUCGUGCUCUGGUUCGGAGGUUUGUUUUUUUUUUUUCUCCUUGCAACAGCACUUGUGACUAAACGGAGACUCGGCGGGGGAAGUCUGCGUUUGUCCAUUUCACUGUUAAAUGUUGUUGAUAAUUUGUGUUUCUGCUCUGAAUAAAGUUUAAGCUUCAGCUGUCA